GGAUCAGGUUUUUGCGAGAGGGCCUGAUGAAGAUGAGGCUGGGUUGCCUUUCUCUCCUGCACCGGGAGCAUGGCACCCCUACCCCCGCAGCUCCUCCACUCUGCUUGGGUGUGUCAUGCAAGUUUCUGACCCUGGCAGCUGGCUUAACUGACCUGUGGAGUGAGGACCUCAGCCGCCACUUUGCAGGGCUGUGUAUCCAGCUGGGCCAUUGGCACUUGUGCUGGCCCACGGACAAGCCCUGUUGAAUGGGUGGAGACCGGCGUGCAGUGGUUAGCUUGUCUCGUUACAAGGAGCGUAUGUGACACCUCUAUCUCUCUCUUCCCUUUCUUCCAUCCCACAGGGUGUCAGACUCUUGAACAGCCUUCCUGUUGGUUCCCUUUCCUCAAAUGCAUUAUUUAAAAAUCCCUGCACAGGCCAAUUUUGCGGAAUUUUCUAUGCUUUCCGUGCCCGUUUUCUGAGAGUGGAUCAGACGCGCUCUCUGCGAGUCGCCAAGUCCUGGGUGCUUGGACCCCUGGUGCCGGCUUCCCUGGCUGUCAGGGCCAGUUCUCUCUGGAGAAAGCACAUCACUGGAGAGCUUCGUCCUAAGGGCCGAGACACUGAGACUUCCCCAGGGAAUUUAUGAAAUGACUUAAAAUACACACAGUGAAUGUCACUGGUAUAAAUUUAAAUAUUUAUUGAAGUUACAGAAGAGUGCUAUUUUUAAUAAGCUGUAUGUAAUCCCGAGUUGUGGCCUGUUCAAACAAUGCUUUCCUGGCCACUGUGUUUAUUCUAGAAGGGAAACAAGUGUGAGUAUUGGAGGAAAAUGACAGAGAUGCUCUCGAAUUGUGUUUCCUGGGGAACGAGACUUGGCAGAUAUAAUUUAAAGGCCCUGGGAAGGGCAGUGAUUAUUUUGAAAGAGUAUUUUGUAGAGCGCUGACUGAAAAUAAUAUACAUAGUCCUUUAUGCCAGGGAAAUUGGCAGAUUGAAUUUGGGUGCCCAGCUGCUUAAUAAUAAAGUGUGAUCAUGGCAUUACCACACCACCUAUGAAACUAAGCCGUGGGAAUUCAGGUACUUUUGGGAGUCAAUCUGAAAGAUUUGAGGGGGUUGACUUUUAGUUUUGUUAAUUGGUCAUCUGUUGAAGUUUUGACGUGUCUUAUUACGUAAAACGACGUAAUCGCCUUCCAAGUACCUAUGUGAAAGUAUUCUUAACCGAUGUCACCAGCUUUUCUGCGUGUGUCUGCAGACCGAGUAGCCCAGGUGACAGUCACCAGGUCUCCCUCCCAUGCCCGUUGCCAGCACACCAAGAUUGCCCAGCCAGGGCGCGUGGCCUACUUACUUUCAGAAGCCUUUAUGCAAGAUAUGAGAAAUGAGUGUUGGACGUCGAAGAAUAAAGCUGUUGGGUAUCCUGAUGAUGGCAAAUGUCUUCAUUUAUCUGAUUGUGGAAGUCUCCAAAAGCAGCAGCCAAGAAAAAAAUGGAAAGGGGGAAGUGAUCAUACCCAAAGAAAAGUUCUGGAAGAUCUCUAACCCUCCCCAGGCGUACUGGAACAGGGAACAAGAAAAGCUGAACAGGAGGUACAAUCCCAUCUUGAACAUGUUGGCCAACCAGUCAGGGGAGGCAUCCGGGCCUUCAAACAUAAGCCAUCUGAACUACUGUGAACCUGACCUGAGGGUGCCAGCGGCCGUGACGGAUUUUAACAACUUGCCGGACAGGUUUAAAGACUUUCUGCUGUAUCUGAGAUGUCGAAAUUACUCUCUGCUUAUCGAUCAGCCGGGUAAGUGCGCAAAGAAGCCCUUCUUACUGUUGGCCAUCAAGUCCCUCACGCCACACUUCGCCCGGAGGCAGGCGAUUCGGGAGUCGUGGGGCCGAGAGACCCACGUGGGCAACCAGAGCGUGGUGCGCGUCUUCCUGCUGGGCCAGACGCCGCCGGAGGACAACCACCCCGACCUUUCCGACAUGGUGAAGUUCGAGAGCGAGAAGCACCAAGACAUCCUCCUGUGGAACUACAGAGACACCUUCUUCAACUUGUCUCUGAAGGAGGUGCUGUUUCUCCGCUGGGUGAGCACCUCCUGCCCGGACACCGAGUUCGUGUUCAAGGGGGACGACGACGUGUUCGUGAACACCCAUCACAUCCUCAAUUACUUGAACAGCUUAGCCAGGAACAAAGCCAAAGACUUGUUCAUCGGCGACGUGAUCCACAACGCGGGGCCUCACCGGGAUAAGAAACUCAAGUACUACAUCCCGGAAGUGGUGUACUCGGGGGUGUACCCGCCGUACGCGGGGGGCGGCGGCUUCCUGUACUCGGGCCGCCUGGCGCUGCGCCUGUACAACGUCACCGACCGCGUGCACCUCUACCCCAUCGACGACGUGUACACUGGGAUGUGCCUUCAGAAACUCGGCCUCGUUCCUGAGAAGCACAAAGGCUUCAGGACAUUCGACAUCGAGGAGAAAAACAAGAAUAACAUUUGUUCCUAUGUAGACCUGAUGUUAGUGCAUAGUAGGAAACCUCAGGAGAUGAUUGAUAUCUGGUCUCAGUUGCAGAGCGCUCAUUUAAAAUGCUAACAUAGAUGCAAACUAGAUUUUGCUGAACUAGUUCCCGUGUGUCCCGCUCCCGUGAGGGCGAUUCCCCUGUUAGCCGGCAGAAUCGUCUAGAGAAGUAAUUUCCCUUUGAAAGCCUCCAAACCCUUCCAGUUGGUACUUCGGUGAAGGGGGAAGCAAAAGACAAUGAUUUUUGACAGAGAAGGGGGCAGGACACCUGGCUUUGAUCCUUUCUGCUGGCAAGUUGGUGGUCACUUUUCUAAUUAUCCCCCUUCUCGUCAGAAAUCAUUAAGUUUCUAGAAUUUACCGCUUUAAGUUAUUUUUGGUUUGUCCUCCUGUGUGGAUAACAUUACCCUUAUAAUACUGAUUUGUGUACAAUCCAGGUAUUUGUAAACAUAUUGGCAACAAAGACUUUGUUAUAUGUGAUUCAGUGGUUUUUGUAAAAUGGAAUUAUGUUUAUUUUCAUGUAAUUUGGUUGAAUUUUAAAAAUUGUCCAGAAAAUUGACUUUUGUCAAAAUUUUCUGCCACCCAACAGUAUUUUCUUGUGUUAAUCUAAUUAGUUCAUUUUGCAAAAAUAAGAAUCACUGUGUGACCCUCAUCCAGUUUAUCUUGUUGUGGUCCUAUGGCCGUAACAAGAGACAGAGUGUGUGUAAGUUUAAUUUCUUCUUGUAUUUGGUUUGCUGGGUGGUAUCGUAAUAGUUACCUACUUUUAGUAUUUGAAAAUGAUGAGUAUGAUUCCAGAAUAGCCAACUCAAGAUGAGAUCGCCCCUAACAGCCAUAUUGGGUUUGUGAAUUUUCAGUGUGGACCAGAAACGCAUAGAAGUAACCGUUGAACCCGAAGUGAAAAGAUUGAAGUUGCAGACCUUUUUCAUCACUGAGUUGUCAGCUUAAGACUCCAGGAUUCUAUCCUUGCCAUAUUUUCACAAGUUGCUUAUACAGAAUCCUUACUCUGAGUAGUGAUGGCCUCCCUGUCUCAGUGUAGAAGUGCCUGUGUUUUUAUUUAUUGCUCAGAUCAAAGACCAAAACAUUUUCUUAAAUAUAUUUUGUGUAAUAUUUUAUUUGUAUACAGUGUUGUUGAUGAGAUAUUUAACUAGAGCAUGAUAUUUUAAAUGUUAAGGUGUAAAAUAUGUUAAAUAAAGCUAACUGUUAUUUUUGGAUUUUAAGAUUGUUUUUUGGGGGUGUGAACUAUUAGAGUUGAUAAAAUUCUGCCAAACUAUUGCUUAUAUGUACUAUCUUGUAACAUGCUUUCUUGAACUAUUUUUGUGUUUAUAGAGAUGAGGGUCUUAUCAGAUGCGAGAGUGGGGACUGUACAAAAGUGGAAAUAAAGUUGAUGUAUUUUUAAUUA